GUCAAACAUUCUUUGGCAACAAAACUGUGAACUGGAAUAGUUGAACUGAAGAGUUGAAAAUAAAUAGGAACUGUCAGGACCAACACUACUGAAAGGUGAUAUUGGGUCUAAAAAUACAGUCAACACAUGAUCAUGAUCAUAUGGUUAACAUAAUGUUGCUCGUUUUUGGCAUACAAUACAUUCUGCUCUUGCUGCCUCAAGUAACAGUGUCUUUUGGUUUAGGUUCACAGCUUGUGCCAUGUUACUCUAAGUUUGACAUGAACACAGGGACCUGCAAUGAGCUCAUAGGGAACGUGACACAAGGCCAUUGCUGUUUCAACUCGAACUAUGGCUUCAGAAAAGAAAGUGGUAAAUGCAUGUCCUGUCGCCAAGCCUCAUGGUCAGCCUGGUCAUCCUGGGGUCCUUGCUCCGUGUCUUGUCUAAAAGGUGUCAAGCAAAGGCGACGGAGAUGUGAUGGGAUUGGAGAGUGCAGGGACCCAGAAAAGCUUGGGAUUCUGCAAACAACUAUUUGUGAAGAUAUAGACUGCUGCCCUGAGCAAGGUGGAUGGGGAGAAUGGGGACCAUGGAAGCCUUGCUCCGUGUCCUGUGCGGAUGGAGUGUCCAGUAGAGAGAGGCUAUGCGCCAACCCACCGCCCAAAUGUGGAGGAGGCUGUGACGGCCCAGGGCAAGACCUUAAACCUUGUUCAACAGGAGACAUCUGCCCUACACAUGGCAGCUGGUCAGAAUGGGGACCUUGGAAUCCCUGUUCAGGAACAUGUAAGAAGGAGGGUGACAAUCCACCAUCACAGGAACGUAGGAGAACUUGCACCAACCCUGCCCCAUCAUCUGAGCCAGCUGGGCGUUCCUGUCAAGGGGUUGACACUGAUACACAGCCUUGCGAUUUCCUGCGAAUGUGUCCUAUUGACGGUGGCUGGGGAGCAUGGGGCCCUCUCUCUGAAUGUUCAGUGACCUGUGGGGUCGGCCAACGAUUCGCGGAGCGAAACUGUAAUAAUCCAGCACUAAAAUACGGAGGAAAGUUUUGUGUGGGGGACAGCAGAACAUCUGAAAUCUGCAACACACAAACGCAUUGCCCAGUGGAUGGGGAAUGGCAGGAGUGGGAACAGUGGGGAACAUGUACUAAAGGUACAUAUCCGAGACCCAUCAGCUGUACUAAAAAAACUGGAAAACAAAGUCGAGAAAGGAGCUGUUUGUUCAAGGACUUUGAUGGACACUCGUGUGCUGGGAGCCCUGUUGAACACAGGCUGUGCUACGAUAUUUCAAGCACGUCAGAAAGGCGUUGCGAAAAACCUGCUCGCUGGAAUGAGUGGACCGAGUGGAGUUUUUGUCACCCUCCCUGUGGACCGGGUUCCAAACAAAAGAGAGAACGACUCUGUGUACCUGAUCUCCCAGAAUCUGAGAACAACAUUUAUUAUUCUGGGAAACCCAGAUUCAGGUGUCCUGGCCUUAGUGCAGAGAACAGAACACAGAGUGAAGACUGUCCUAAUGUUCCUGCAUGCUAAGAUAUGCAGUGGCCGUCCAGUGGGAUAAUGGAAGAUGCAGCUUUAUAUACAAAAAUCCACCUCUUCAGAUGCUCGCUAAAACAACAAAACAUCGGAGAGGAACAUUUUGCAAGUCGCUUCUGCUGGGAAAUCUGCUGGCCUGCCUUUCUGUUGGGAAUGAUAUGACACACAAUUGUUGUAUUCGGGAUAUUAAAGGUUUACCUUGUUUUUUUCAAUAGCGGGAAACACCCAAAAGAUUAUUCUUAAUUGCUAUUCUAAUGCAUCUUGUUAGAUUAGGCCUAUAAUUGUCUCAACACUUGAAAGAAUACAAAUACAAGUCUUAAUAUGAAGAGAUACCCUGUGUGUAUGCAUAUAUUUAUUAUAUAUGUAUACCACUCAUUUUAUAUAUAUGAUAAUAUAUAUAUAUAUAUCACUAUUGGGUGUGGUGGUGCAGUGGUUAGCAGCACACCACUUUGGAAGACCCAGAUUGCAGGUUCUCUGUAAAUUACUUUGGUUAAAAGCUUCUUCUAUAUUCCUGACCUUUGCAUUUUAAUUUCAUUACCAAGCUUCAGCCUAUAUCAACGUAUAAAAUGUGAUAAUGACAUAUGUCAUAAACAUGUAAGAAAAACAUGGGUGUAUGUCCCUAUGGCCCACAUACUGACAAAACUGCACAACUCAUAUGUGCAGUAAGUCACUUUGGGAUAAAGUUUUAAAGAAACGUGGUUGGGUGAGCAGGUGUGAAAAGACUUUGGGGUCUUGCAUACAUAUUGGCGCCCUCUGGUGGAUAAAAAUGUGCCCUGCGAAGCAGACUAAAGCUGUAACAGAGGGAGACGGGGAAGAUUCAUAUGUAACAGUAGAACAGUAGAUCAUCACUGGAAAUAUACAGGUCGUGUCCUGCGCAACGGCGCAGUGUAGUUUUAUUAUCAGUAGUUAUUCUUAGUUUCCCCCUGUCUUUCUUUUGGGCUUUCCCGCUUUGGACUUCUCUUCUGUGCUUUAAUACCCGAGUUGUUUUUGUGUUUUGCCCAUUGUUUUGCCCCUGUUAACCCAGUACUUGCUGGUUCAUUAAACUUCCAUCUCCCUGCAA